UUUUCCUCCCCUCCCUCUAAUAUCCCCAAAUCCAGCUCUAUACCCUCCCUCUUAUACCCAGUCCUAUCGCAUUACGACCCUCAAUCCGUCAAGAUGGCCGACUUCCAGAGCAUCGCUCAACAGUUCGUCCAGUUUUACUACCAGACCUUCGAUUCCAACCGCGCCAGCCUGGCCGGUCUUUACCGCGACCAAUCGAUGCUCACUUUCGAGACCAACUCUGUCCAGGGUGUUGCUAAUAUCACUGAGAAGUUAACCUCUCUUCCCUUCCAAAAGGUUGCCCACCAGGUCGGCACUCUUGAUGCCCAGCCUUCCAAUCAGGAUGGCGGUAUCCUUGUCAUGGUGACCGGUGCUCUCCUUGUCGAUGAGGAGCAGAAGCCCAUGAACUACACCCAGACUUUCCAGCUCUUGCCUGACGGUGCUGGCAGCUACUUCGUCUUCAACGACAUCUUCCGUCUGGUUUAUGGUUAAGUGCGGGAUUGUGGAGACCGAUGGUGUAGGCUAGGGGUGAUCCGGUUAUGAAAAUUAUGAUUAUGGAGGAAGCACGGCGCUGCUGUUGCUUGUUUGAAAGGCAGAAUGUCUUGUUUUGAAUUCCCUAGUUGUGUGGUAGUAGUGUGGAUAUUGAUCGUUACUUCCCUGUUAUACACUGGCUAGACUUGAGACCAUAUCGCUUCGUCUAUCGGCGCUUUUGUCCGAUCUUGUUGUGUUCUGUUUUCCUGCAGAGAUGAAAUGGACGUAUGGGUUCGAUUUCUAGUAACGGAAACGUCUACAGUGUACCUAAUGCUCCAACCCGCAUAUAUACUU